GUGGACGUCUCCCAAGCCCCGCGUCGCGCGCGCGACGCUCGAACGCGCGCGACCGGACGACGUCAUCGAGUUAUCCAAAAAGCGUCGCCAUCGGACGCCGUCCAGCGCGCCAAGGGCGGGGAUUACAACGCCGCCGCGGCGACGUUCGUGAAUUCAUUCUUUUACGAUGGAAACGUGGACACGCGAGACGUGGAGUAUAAAGGGCUGACGCGGGCGUGCUCGAGCGAUAUGAAGAAGCGGUACGCCGGGGACGGAAACGCUUUAGUGGUGAUUCUUGAUGAAGACGACUCACGAGAAUGCUUGGCGUGCGGAGGAGUGGAGGUUAGAAAAUACGUUGGCGCGGUGGAUUACGAGUCGUACGUGAAGAGUGGGCGCGGUGGGAUGGAUGUGGAGGGAAAAAUUAUCGAGCGACCGAUUGUGGCGAAUUUGGCCACGGCGCGAGCGGCGAGGAGGAAGGGCUACGGGAAAGCCAUCAUGGGGGCUUUAGAAGACAUCUGCGCCGAGAAUGGAUUCGAUGAGUGUUGCUUAGUCGUAGAGGCGCGGAAUAAGCGCGCGCAAGGGCUUUACAGAAAGUUGGGGUACAAGGUGAUCGGGAGCGAUGCCAAGGCGGCGGCGCUGGAGGUUGUCGACGGACGAUCGAGAGAAACGACCACGAAGACGCUCGUGAUGCGGAAGAGCUUGACUAAUCCAGGCGCAAACGUGGAUACGGUGACGAUCGGCGCGGCUGUGCUAGCUUUGGCGCUGUUGAGCGCGGGGCAACAAGCGUUGGUGGAUGCGUUGUACGUCAACUUUGGCAUCGAUCUGUUUUAG